AUGGGCAAAGACGAUGAACCCAAUACCUACCGGUAUAAUGAGACUCCGGUCUACACAGCUUCCAAUGGCUGCCCAGUCAUGGAUCCCCAGGCCUCUCAGCGCGUGGGACCCAAUGGUCCGCUAUUACUUCAGGAUUUCCACUUGAUCGACCUUCUCGCACACUUUGACCGUGAGCGUAUUCCCGAGCGUGUCGUCCAUGCAAAGGGCGCUGGCGCUUACGGCGAGUUUGAAGUCACCGACGACAUUAGCGAUAUCACUACUGUCGACAUGUUGAAAGGUGUUGGAAAGAAAACAAAGCUGCUUACUCGUUUCUCUACUGUGGGUGGUGAGAAGGGCUCCCCUGACAGUGCCCGCGACCCACGCGGUUUCGCCAUCAAGUUCUACACAGAGGAGGGUAACUGGGAUUGGGUAUUCAACAACACUCCGGUGUUCUUCUUGCGUGACCCAUCCAAGUUCCCCGUCUUCAUUCACACGCAAAAGCGUAACCCACAGACAAAUCUCAAGGACGCCACGAUGUUCUGGGACUACCUCUCGACUCACCAGGAAGCAGUUCACCAGGUGAUGCACCUUUUUAGCGACCGCGGUACCCCAUACUCAUACCGCCACAUGAAUGCCUACUCUGGCCACACUUACAAGUGGAUCAAGCCUGAUGGUACUUUCAACUAUGUUCAGAUCCACUGUAAGACCGACCAAGGCAACAAGACCUUUAACAAUGAAGAGGCUACCAAGCUGUCCGCCGAGAAUCCCGAUUGGCAUACUAAGGACCUGUUCAGCGCCAUUGAGCGGGGCGAGAACCCCUCAUGGACUUGUUAUGUCCAGGUGCUCAGUCCCGAGCAGGCUGAGAAGUUCCGCUGGAACGUCUUCGAUCUGACCAAGGUCUGGCCCCAGAGCGAAGUUCCUCUGCGCCGUUUCGGUCGUUUCACUCUCAACAAGAACCCACAGAACUUUUUCGCCGAGAUCGAGCAGGCUGCCUUCUCGCCCUCCCACAUGGUACCCGGUGUUGAGCCCUCCGCCGAUCCAGUUCUCCAGGCCCGUCUCUUCUCCUACCCCGAUACCCAACGUCAUCGCCUGGGCGGCAACUACGAACAAAUCCCCGUUAACUGCCCCGUUCGCGGCUUUAGCCCUUGGCACCGUGACGGUCCCAUGAAUGUCAAUGGCAACUAUGGCGCCAAUCCCAAUUACCCCUCGACUUUCCGUCCAUUGGCUUACAAGCCCGUCAAGGCAAGCCAGGAGCAUGAGAAGUGGUCUGGUGCUGUCGUUGCUGAACAAGCUCCUGUCACCGAUGAGGAUUACGUUCAGGCCAAUGGUCUCUGGCAGGUCCUUGGUCGUCAACCCGGCCAGCAGGAGAAUUUUGUUAAGAAUAUCUCCGGUCAUUUGUGCGGUGCCCAUGAGCGUGUUCGCAAGCAGACUUACCAGAUGUUCCGUCAUGUGAACAAGGAUCUUGGUUCCCAGAUUGAGGCCGCUACUGAGGCGAACGUGGCUCCUGUCGCGCGUCUGUAA